GUUUAUGGCAGAAAAAUGUUAUAAAGUAUCGCGAAAACAAAGGUCCAGAAAGGUUAAGGGAAUUGAAGGUAUUUUUAUUGUAUCUUCAGUGUAAACUUAACUGGAAAUGGAAAAUAGUGGUGAAAGUGGUGACGACGGAGGACCUUUAAGUACGACAGCAUUUCUUGGCGGUAGUGGUGUUUCUGCGUCAUAUAUCAGUGUACAAUCAGACGACAUGGAGGAUGAUCCUGAAAACACGGAUGAUUCAAAUCAUGGAACAAGCGAUCCUUUACAAGGAGCCGGAGGCGGCAGUGGUGGAGGUCCUCUUCGUGAGCAGGACCGAUUUCUGCCGAUAGCGAAUGUUGCUAAAAUUAUGAAAAGAGCUAUACCGGAGGCGGGAAAGAUAGCAAAAGAUGCACGUGAAUGUGUUCAAGAAUGUGUAUCCGAAUUUAUAUCGUUUAUUACAUCCGAAGCAAGUGAUCGGUGUCAUAUGGAAAAACGUAAGACUAUUAAUGGUGAAGACAUUCUAUUUGCCAUGACGACUCUUGGUUUUGACAAUUACGUAGAACCACUAAAAGUGUAUCUACAAAAAUACCGAGAAGCUACGAAAGGUGAUAAUCCUCCAGGGAGUGGUACACCGGCCGGCAAUGGAAAAGUUGAGCCACAAGGAACUAUGUACGAAGAUCAGUUGUUUGCCAUUGCCGCGACUGCUUCUAGUGCUACCACUUCGGAUACGCCUGUAAUAUAUAGUUACACGUCUACCGAUCAAAUGCAAUUCCAGCUUUCCUGAUCGCAACAGGUUAAAAUGAUAUAUUAAUAUAAAUUAUUAAGAUACAGAAUGCGAUACGCGAUACAGCUAUCUCAACUGUAGCAUAUUUUUUCUCACGUACGAUUGUGUUUUACAAAAGACUGUAAAAUCAGUUUUUAUGGGUAAACUAAACUUACAUUUGUAAGAAACAAAGUAUGAAUGGAUUCAGAGUUUGGUAAGGGAGGUGAAUUAAAUUUAGGCAAUUCUUUGUAAAGAAACUAUAAACGUGGAAGGAAAUAAACCAGGAAGCAGUUAAA